GGCACCGUGCCAGUAUUGACACUCCUACGGACGCACGCGCGAUGAGUGACCCGGCGAGCGGGACACUUUUUGCAGCGUGCGGGCUAUAAGGAGAGGGAGUGGCGCUCUGGAGAACAGUGAGGAGAGAAACUCCACACGCAGACAGUAACACGGCAGCGCCCGGGAUAACGUGAUUAGCGCUCUAUUAAGUCCGCUGCCGAGCGCAACUAGAUGCAGCGCAGAGACUAGAGCGAGUGGAGAGACAGGAGGCGCAGGGGAAACGCUUCAUCCGGCACAUGGAUCUUCUUUGCCUCUUCUUGAUUUGCCUGAAGAAGUUCCCCGGUCGCACUAUUUUAGUGCCCUGGCAAUGGAGAGCCGCUGUCACCGCUCCUUGUUUCAGAUAAAGUGUCAUCUUUUAAAGUAUCCCUCACAAUGAGGAGGAAAAAUCCGGGAAAGUCUCAGAGGAGUGAUUCAGUCUCUUCUCUCAGCUCUCCUGGGAACCACUAGUUCUGUCCUUGCUGGCGGAUGAUAUUUGUAACCUCAGGCGAACUCUUAAGGGAAGUGGGCUAAUCUGCUACCAUGGCAGAUAUCAAUAACACCAACCAGAGCUUACCUAGCUUGGCCCCUUACAGCCUACGAAUAGCCCUGCCACUGCUCGUGGGCUUCAUGAUCCUGCUCAUAGUGUUCGGUAACGUCCUGGUGGUCAUUGCUGUGUUUACAAGCCGGGCCUUGCGAGCCCCGCAGAACCUGUUCCUGGUUUCCCUGGCCUCGGCGGACAUUCUGGUGGCCACCCUCGUGAUGCCUUUCUCCCUGGCCAACGAGCUCAUGGGAUAUUGGUACUUUGGCGAUGUAUGGUGUGAGAUUUACCUCGCGCUCGAUGUUCUUUUCUGCACUGCGUCCAUCACCCAUCUGUGCGCGAUCAGCUUAGACCGCUACUGGUCCAUCACACAGGCCAUCGAGUACAACCUAAAGAGGACGCCUCGCCGCAUCAAGUGCAUCAUCUUUAUUGUUUGGGUUAUUGCUGCAGUUAUCUCAUUCCCGCCCCUUAUCACAAUGGCGAAAAACGACAACGACAACAACGAAAGGACAUACCCUGAGUGCAAGAUCAAUGACCAAAAAUGGUACGUCAUCUCCUCCUGCAUCGGAUCCUUCUUCCUACCAUGCGUCAUCAUGGUACUGGUCUACGUACGGAUCUACCAAAUCGCCAAAAAAAGGACACGGGCGCCACCCGGAGACCGGAAGCCAAAUGCCAUUUUGAAGUCACCCAAUACUCCUGCUGCGAAUGGGAAGGAGAAUGGUGCAGGCGACGACAAGGACCGCCUCUGUCACGAGAAACUGAACGGUGAACAGGCCAUAGAGCUCCAGGGAGUUGGAGGACAUAGGAAGGCAGAGGAGGCAAAAGGUGAGAUCAACGGAGUGGACCUUGAGGACUCAUCAUCCUCUGACCACAAAGUGAACAAUCCUUGCUCCAUUAGAAAAAAAACAAACAAGGGAAAACCCAGACUAAGUCAAAUCAAACCAGGGGAUUCCAAUGUCCAAAAGCAAGAGUCGAACACCAAAGGCAGCCGCUGGAAAGGUCGUCAAAAUCGCGAGAAACGUUUUACCUUCGUCUUGGCAGUGGUCAUUGGUGUCUUUGUUAUUUGUUGGUUUCCUUUUUUCUUUACUUACAUGCUGAAAACUCUGUGCAUAUCCUGCAACGUGCCUACAACCUUGUUCAAGUUCUUCUUCUGGUUUGGCUACUGCAACAGUGCCCUGAACCCUUUGAUAUAUACUGUUUUCAACAAUGACUUCAGGAGGUCGUUCAAAAAGAUACUGUGCAAGAGGGACACCAGGAGAUACGUAUGACUCCAGCUUUGCAUCCUUGUAUAUUAUAUAUAUAUCAGUAUAUAUAUAUAUUGUGCAUCCAUUGUAGAACAGUAUGCCCAUUGUGCAUGAACCUGCUAUUUGUGAUCGCUCAGGAAGGUGUUUAUCUGCAGACUCUUCCUUCCCUUUGAAUGCAUCCACCUGUCACAGCUUUAACACGACGAUGGAGAUCACAGAGAAAACCACAGUAAGAUCAUAUUUUUAUUGUAUCUACUUUUUUUUUUUUUUUUUAAGAGG